AUGUUGUUCGACGGCCGGCUCUUUUUCGACUCGCUAUUCGAAUGGUUAUCGAAUUCCAUACUUUUUGAAGGCUCUAUUUUCACUGGAAAAAUGUUCAGCGGUAUCGCAGGUGCUUUCCGAAGCAUCGGGGAGAAAACGGCUUCUCUCUUCGAGAGGAAGAAAAAGGACGUUGAACAGCUGGCUCAAGAGAAAGCGACUGAGGCAGCACACGUGGUCGAAGAGCAGGUGAAGAAGACUGGGGAACUUGUGGCCGGCGCUGAGAAGCAAGCUGGAGAGGCUGCUAAUUCAGCUGCUGAAAUGAAGCAAUCUGCCAUUGACGCCCUCGACAAGGAGCUAUCAAAGGUCACCUUGGCUGCUGGAGAAGCUAAAGACGCAGCUGCCAAAGCCGUAGCCGACGGCAAAAAGGUCGUCGAUACUACAAAAGAUACCCUAGCUACAACAGUAGAUAAUACAAAGAAAGCCGCAGAAUCAGCGAUAAACACGGCUAAAGAUACUGUCAGUAGCACAGUAGACAGUACUAAGAGCGCAGCGCAAUCUGCUUUAGAAACAGGAAAAGGUUACGCUGUUGGGGCUAAAGAGACAAUAGGUGGCGCCGUGCUAAAUACAGUAACUAUGUCAAACGAAAACAGCGACUCGCUUCUAGAUACGACUAAGCAAUAUGUUGCUGGCGCUAAAGAUUCCGUGCAAGCGGUUUUCGAAACGGGCAGACAACGAGUAGGUGGGGUAAAAGUUGAGGCUGAGUCUCCGAAAAGUUACUUAGAUAGCGCAAAAGAUACAUUCUCGGGAACGGUAAAUGCUGUUCAGUCUACUGCGCAAUCGGCGUACGAUUCUAGCAAAAGCUAUUUGGGCGGUGCUCAAGUAGAGAAGAAUAUCGAUGCUAACGAAUCGAAAAGUUAUUUAGACAGCGCCAAAGAUUCGAUAAUAAAUACGGCAGAAAACGCACAAAGUGCUGUUGAGGAUGUCUUUGAAAAGGGAAGACAGCGAGUAGGAGGGGGGAAAGUUGCGGCUACCGAUGCUCCGAAAAGUUAUUUAGAGAGCGCAAAAGAUACAUUAUCGGGAACAGUUAAUGCUGUACAGUCCACCGCGCAAUCAGCUUACGAUUCUAGCAAAACCUACUUAGACGGUGCUCAAGUAGAGGACAAAAGCAACGAUGAAUCGAAAACUUAUUUUGAUAGUGCAAAAGAUUCGAUAAUAAACACAGCCGAAAAUGCACAAAGUGCUGUUGAAGAUGUUUUUGAGAAGGGAAAACAGCGAGUAGGAGGGGGAAAAGUUGCGGCGAAUGACACUCCGAAAAGUUAUCUUAAUAGCGCGAAAGAUACUUUGUCAGGAACAGUUAACACUGUACAAUCUACAGCUCAAUCGGCUUACAAUACGAGCAAAAGUUAUUUAGGCGGUGCUAAAGUCGACGAGAGUGACAUCGCCGAAGAAUCUAAAAGUUACUUAGAUAGCGCGAAAGACUCGAUUAUAAACAAAGCAGAAAAUGCCCAAAACGCUGUAGAAGACGUUUUUGAAAAGGGAAAAAUACGAGUAGGUGGGGGAAAAGUUGCGGGAAACGACACCACUAAAAGUUAUUUAGAUAGCGCAAAAGAUACUGUGUCAGGAACGGUUAGCGCUGUACAGUCUACAGCUCAAUCGGCUUAUGACACAAGCAAAAGUUACUUAGGAGGUGCUAAAGUAGAGGAGAAUGUUGAUGAAACAAAAAGUUACUUCGAUAGUGCGAAAGAUUUAAUGAUAAACACCGCAGAAAAUGCACAAAACGCUGUAGAAGAUGUCUUUGAAAAGGGGAAGAAACGAGUGGGAGGAAAAGUUGAGGCAAAAGACGCAUCCAAAAGUUACUUAGAUAGCGCAAAAGAUACCGUAUCCGGAACCGUAAAUGUUGCACAGACAGCGGCCAAAUCCGUUUAUGAUACCGGUAAAAGUUACUUAGGUGGUUCAAAAGAUGAGGAGAAUACAAAAUCAGAUGAGAAUAAAAGCUAUGUAGAUAGUGCGAAAGAUGCAAUAAUAAACACAGCAGAAAAUGCUCAAAACGCCGUAGAGGAUAUUUUUGAGAAGGGAAAAAAGCGAGUAGGAGGAGGCAAAGUCGAGGCUAAUGAUGCUCCUAAAAGUUACUUAGAUACCGCAAAAGAUACAGUUGCGAGUACAGUAGACUCGACAAAAAAAGCUGCUCAAGGCACGUUAGACACUGGUCUGUCAUACGUGGAUUCUGCAAAAGAUACUAUUACGGAAACGUUCCAAAGCUCUGACGAUAAAGAAGCCGAGAAAUCUGAAUCAAAAGAAGACAAAUCUUAUAUAGCAUCAGUUAAAGGUAUAAUAAAGGGACUUUUUACUGAUUUCUUUAAGAAGUUAUUAACAAUUCAAACGAUAUUCGUUGAAGCUGUUGUUAAUAUGACACAAACAGCUAUCGAAAAGGGGAAAUCUUAUGCCACUGACUCUAAAGAUACACUGUCGAGUACAGUUGAUACGGUACAAGAUACCGCGCAAUCGGUUAUAGAUAGUGGUAAAAACUUUUUAGGAGCUGGAGAUGAAGCCGAGGAAAAGAAAAGCGAUAAUGUUGACGAAACAAAAAGUGUUCUAGACAGCGCCAAAGGUAUAGACGAUUCUGAAAUGUCUGUGCCGUUUUGUGUUAAUUUUAUACACCAAACCAAAACCGCUGCUCAGACAGUUGUAGAUACCGGAAAAUCAUACGGCACUAGUGCUAAAGAUACAUUAUCGAGUACGGUAGACGCAGCGCAUAAAACCGCUCAAACAGCUAUCGAUACAGGCAAAAGUUAUGUAGGCGUCGCUAAAGAUACCGUUGCGGAGAAUAAGAACUUAGGUGUCGAAACGGGCAAAAGUUACAUAGAUUCAGCUAAAGAAACUGUAGCGAGUACCGUAGAUAGUACAAAGAAAGCCGCACAAAGCACGAUGGAAACGGGAAAAUCUUACGUCGACUCUGCGAAAGAAUCAGUCCAAAGCACAAUAAAGACCACUGUAGACACAAGUAAAAGCACUGCCGAAAGUGUACUUGAGACCGGAAAGGGUUACAUUGAUACAGCUAAAGAAACUGUCACAAAUACAGUAGACUCAACGAAAAAAGCCGCAACUUCCGUUGUCGAUACUGGAGUUUCAUACGUUGGUGCGGCUAAAGAUACUGUGACUAAUACCGUUCAAAGUACAUUGGAAGCAACUAAAAGUGUAGCUCAAAGCGCAGUAGAAAAAGGCACAUCACUAGUAGGCUCAGCUAAAGAAACUGUUGCAAACGCCGUAGACACAUCUAAAAAUGUUGCACAAACUACGGUAGAUAAAGGCACAUCAUUGUUAGGCACUGCCAAAGACACAGUAGCAAGCACGGUAGAUUCUACCAAAAAUGCUGCUACUUCAGCCGCUGACAAAGGCUUAGGCUUGUUUAGCAGUGCUAAAGAUACUGUAGCCAAUUCAGUUAGUUCUACAGUAGAUACGACAAAAUCAGUUGCGACAUCCGCGUAUGAUAAAGGAACUUCUUAUGUUAAUACCGCCAAAGAUACGGUCGCUAGUACUUUAGAUAGCACUAAAAAUGCCGCAGCUUCAGCUGUUGAUCAAGGAGUGUCUUUAGUAGGCAGUGCUAAAGAUUCAGUUACAAACACAUUGUCUAGUACAGUAGAUGCUAGUAAAAAUGUGGCUUCAUCUGUUUACGAAAAAGGUUCAUCAUUAGUAGGAGCUGCUAAAGAUACAGUAACGAACACAGUGCAAAGCACAGUAGAUACCACUAAGAACGUAGCGGGUGCUGUUUACGAUAAGAGCGCUUCUUUAGUAACUGGUGCGAAAGAUACUAUUUCAAAUGUGGUGGGAGGAUCGGAGAGCAAUGCUGAUACUAUUAACGCAACAGUAGAUAACACUAAGAAGGCAGCUGAAGAGGCAAAAGAAAAGGCCAGAGUGGCUGCUGAGGCUGCUAAAGAAGAAGCUAAACGUGCUGCUGAAGCAGCUAAAGAGGAGGCUAAGAGAGCUGCCAAUGCCGCAGUAGAAGAAUCUAAGAAAGCAGCCGAAAAGGCAGCGGCCGACGCCUCCAACGCUGUAGACAGCACGCUGAAGAGGGUUGAAAACGCAGCUGAUGAAGGCAUCAAGAACGCCGGAGAAGUCGUCGACGGAAAGAUCAAAGAUGCUGACAAGUAUCUUAACGAGAAGAGAGAAACUCUGGUUUCAAACUUGUCAUCAAAGGCAAAAGAGGGCGCUGACGGCGCAGCUGGUCUUCUGAGCAAGGGCCUCGGAGGAUUCUCUAAGUAG